AUGGCUGACAACCUGAACCAAAUGCUCGCCUGGCACGAGGGCUGGGUCCGCUCGGGCAAGGGAUCCAAGCUCCUUCCGCCCCAGGCGGCCCCGGCUCCCUUCCGCCCCAUUACGCCUGCCCUCCUCAACCUAUCGCUUCCCGUCGAGCAAAUUCUGGGCAUCAGCCCCGUUCAACGCCCAGCACAAAAUGCCUCAGCGACAGGCGCAACAAAUUCAGCGCAGCGGCCGCCGCCUCAGCCGCUCCCACAGAAUACAACAACCCAAAGGCAGUCGAUGUGGCUCCAGCCGCUGCCCAUGCAGCCAGACCGAAACGCUGUGCAUUCAUCAACAGCCAACAGCUAUAGCAACGACGACGAUCUCUUGCAAGCCAUUGAGAUACCGGAUGAUAUUAUGCUAGAUGACGCCAAGCCGAUUGAUAGAAAACCAGUUGGCAGAAAGCCGGUUGAUAGAAAGCCAGUUGAAGCUAAGCCCCAGACAAACAUUGAAACCAUUGACAUUUACGAUCUCGACGACUUUAACGACUUUGAUAUCGACUGCACAGUCGCUCCCGCUUUCACCUCCGCUCCUGCUUCUAUCCAGCAGUUGCCGACAACAGCCACAGCCACAGCCACAGCCACAGCCACGACCACCGACUCCAAUUCAAAUUCAAACACAGUCACUAUCGAUCUCUGCUCGGGCAUCGACGACGACGACCUCGAAUCGUUCUACACUUCUCACCUUAAAGACCUCGAAGAGGAAGACGACCCUGCAUAUAUGGAUGAGAGCCCCAAGCGCCCCCAAUGCAGCGCCUCCCAAAGCGUGUUACCGUACAAGCGCCCGCGUGUAGAUUCCAGAAUGCUCAAAGUCAUCGACGGCGAAGACGACGUGGCACUGCUUAAUUCCAAUUCCAGCAGCAGCUUCAGCAACAACAGUAGCUUUGGCGGAAACUUUAGAAACACCACCAACAACAGCUUUGGCCACCAGCCCGCUGAGACUAGCAUUCACCCUGGCGCUGUCAAUGCCAACACUGUUGCUAUCACAAACUCUGCCUACAGUCAGAAUCAAUCCCAGCACCAGACGUCUCAUCCGACGCAAAAUAACGCAGCCAACAGCAUGGACAUUACUGCCGAGCGCCUCGAGUUCCUCAGGGCCCAAAAGGCCAGCAUCAGCGACAAGAUCUUUGAUCUCCAGGACACUGACGAGAUUGGAAACGAGAACGCGAUAUCGCUGCUUCGGCAAAACAGGAGCGACAUUGUGAAGGAGAUAACGCGUCUCGAAGAAGGGCCCCCCUCCUUUUUCUCCUCCCAGCACCAGCACGCUCCCAAUUUGGCACCGAUGCCAGUUCAACUGGUUCAGCCGAUGCCACUCCAGGCGGAAGCGCCCAUCUCAGUGGACCUGUACCCAAACAGCACUGAGAUCGUGCGACCGUCUGACCCGGAGCCAGAUCGGCCCCAGGCCACAUAUCCAUGGACGAAGGAGGUCAACAAGGCGCUACGGCAUGUCUUCAACAUGGAGAGCUUCCGCUCGCGGCAGCUCGAGGCGAUCAACGCAACACUCGAGGGCAAGGACGUGUUUGUGCUGAUGCCCACGGGCGGCGGAAAGAGCCUGUGCUUCCAGCUGCCGGCAGUCGUGCAGAACGGCACAACCCGUGGCGUCACAGUGGUCGUCUCGCCGCUGCUCUCGCUGAUGCAGGACCAGGUUGAGCACCUCACGCACUGGGGCAUCGCGGCUCUCUCGCUCACAGGCACGCUGCCUGCCGAGCGGCGCGCGUAUGUGUUCUCCGAGCUCAACAUGGCCGAGCCCAGGGUGCGGCUGCUCUACGUCACACCCGAGAUGCUUGGCAAGAGCCACCAGACGCGCGAGGCCAUCGACCAGCUGUACCGGCGCGGGCAGCUCGCGCGGUUCGUCGUCGACGAGGCGCACUGCCUGUCGCAGUGGGGGCACGACUUCCGGCCCGACUACACACAGCUCGGCACGUUCCACGACAAGUACCCGUCGAUACCGUUCAUGGCGCUGACGGCCACAGCCAACGCCAGGGUGCGCAUGGACGUUGUCAACCACCUGCGCAUCCAGGGCUGUGUGACCACUACUUCGUCGUUCAACCGGCCGAACCUGUUCUACGAGAUCCGGCCCAAGACUGGGUCGAGCGCCGACGACAUCUACGCACUCAUUGCGUCGCGGCACGCCGGCGAGUCGGGGAUCAUCUACUGCACGAGCAAGAAGGACUGCGAGCAGAUGGCGCACGAGCUGAGUGGGCGGUACCGGCUGCGCGCCAAGCACUACCACGCCGGUCUCGAGAAGGAGGACCGGUCUCGGGUGCAGCAGGAAUGGCAGCGCAACACGCUGCAGGUCAUCGUUGCCACGGUGGCGUUUGGCAUGGGCAUCGACAAGCCCGACGUGCGGUUCAUCAUCCACAACUCACUGCCGUCGUCGCUCGAGGGAUACUACCAGGAGACCGGGCGCGCUGGGCGCGACGGCAGGCAGGCGAUCUGCGUGCUGUUUUACGCGUACCGCGACAAGAUGUCGCUCGACUUUAUGAUUGACCGCGGCGACGGCGACUGGGAGCUCAAGGAGCGGCAGCGGCAGCAGGUGCGGCAGGUGGUGCAGUUCUGCGAGAACAUCACCGACUGCCGGCGGCAGCUGGUGCUGUCGUACUUUGGCGAGCAGUUCAGCGGCGCGCAGUGCAACAAGACAUGCGAUAAUUGCCGCAAGCGGGCAGACGUGCAGGUGCCGGACGCGGACCUGACCAGCGAGGCCAGCGCGCUGGUGGACAGCGUGCAGCUGCUGGCCAGCCAGAAGUCCAACACCACGCUGCUGCAGCUGAUCGACAUCUUCAAGGGCUCCAAGGCGAAGCGCAUUAUGGACCGCGGCGAUGACAGGCUGCCUGCGUUUAACCGCGGCAAGGACCUGUCCAAGACCGACGCUGGGCGGCUGUGCCACCAGCUGGUGCUGCGACAGGUGCUCGACGAGCAGUGCGAGAGCAACGCGAUGGGGUUUGUCAGCUCGUACGUGCGGCUCGGGCGCAACGCAGCUCGCGUGCAGCAGGGCCAGAUGCGGGUGAUGAUGCAGCUGACGGACUCGCGGCUGCUCAAGCAAACGAGUGUAAAGCCGGGCAGGGCGUCAUCCGGAAAAGCAUCGGCGGCGAAGGCAUCGGGCAGGGGGGCGAAGUCGCCGGCAGCGGCAGCGGCAGUGGCAGCCACGAGGCGAGUGGCCAGCGGCCAAGGCGCAGACAACUCGGUGGUCACGCAGAGCAUGUCCAAUCACUUUAUGGUAUCUGGCACCAACGAUAGGCGGACCGGCGAGGAUGGGUUCGGCGUCGGCUAUGGCCACGGCCACGGCCACGGCUACAGCACAGCAAGCACGGGCGGCGCGAGCUCGGCCAGAUCGAUCAGGCCCAUGGCAUACAGGAAGAAGCAGGGCUAGACGCGCAUUUUUGGCGUUCAGGAUGGUUUUUAUAUUGCGCUGAAGGGAAGAGUGAGACUACAAGUAUUUUAAAAAAAAGUUCAAAUAUCCUGAAAAUCGACGUCUUUCCCAUGCAGAUUGCAUAGCACCCAGGCCUGUGCUUGGAACCCAGAGGCAAUAAGCACGACCUCGAAGGUUACCACCACCACCACCCCACAGGCUGGGGACUUGCUGCAAUGAUGUUUUGUUUUUCCUUCUUUCUUGCUAUAGCUUUAUUAAUUUAAUUCGAGGCAUUUCGCAUUUCGAAUUUCGCACUUUGCACAUCGCAUUGCAAUGUUUGUCGCCGGCAAGAAGCGCAAGGCGGCGCCGGCAGCACCAGCAGCACCGGCAGCACCGGCAGCACCGGCAGCAC